GGGCUGAUGUCAGCUGGCUGGAGAAAGGGAAAGCUGCCGGCUCUGAGCAGCUGCUCCAAUGCUCCUCGUUUUCCUUCCCUGCAACGGGCCCAAGCAGCAGUGGGGCUAGCCGGCCGCGUUUGUAACUGAGCAGUGUUGAGAGGUAAUUGCCCACUGCCACAAGAGGCCGGGGGGCAGCUACAGGAUCCCCUGCAUGCCAGCCGAGGUGAUUCUAGCCCGGUGCUAGCUGCAGAUGGACGGUCAAAGAGGAGGAGCUGUGAUCACCGCGGACCAGAGGGACCCGGAGAAGCAGGACUUGGCCGAGCUGGGGGAGGACAUCCAGGACAUGGAGCUGAAGGAGGAAUGGCAGGACGAGGAGUUCCCAGGGCCUCUCCCGGAGGAGGUCUCUGAGGAGGACCUUGAAGACUCUGGCGGGGAGCCCAGCCUAGUUGCCCCCAACACCCUGGAGCUGUGCGGGAAGCGGCACAUGAAGAAGCGGCUGCCGGCGCCGGAUCUCAGCCUGUCUUUAGACCGGGCUGAGGGCUCGGUGCAGUCGGGCGAUUACCCGGAGCGCACGCCGGACGGCAGCCUGGACAUCAACGUGGACGAGCUGGAGACACCAUCCGAGAGCGAGCUGCUGGACGGGCCAGAGGGCGGCCAUGACUUUGAGUGGGAAGAUGAACUGCCCAGGGCCCGGCGCCUGGACAGCAGCCUGCUCGAGGAGAAACUCGGCAAGGGGCGCGUGGUGGACGUCGAGGACAAGGAUGGACGGAAGUGGAGGAUCUUCCUGACGGACGAGCGGGAGCAGAAAGUGGAUCUGAGUGUCGUCGAGCCCUACAAGAGGGUCAUCUCCCAUGGGGGGUACCACGGAGAAGGCCUCAACGCCAUCAUCCUCUUUGCCUCCUGUUACCUGCCCCACAGCAGCAUCCCUGACUAUCCGUACGUGAUGGAGCACCUGUUCAGGUACAUCAUCGGGACGCUGGAGGUGAUGGUGGCAGAAAGCUACAUCCUGGUGUGUCUGAAUGGCGCCACGCUCCGCAGCCAGAUCCCGUCCUUCGGCUGGAUAAAGCAAUGCUACCGGACCAUCGACCAGCGGCUCCGGAAGAACCUGAAGGCCAUGAUUAUUGUCCAUCCCACCUGGUAUGUCAAGGCGCUGAUGGCCGUUAUCCGCCCCUUCCUCAGCUCCAAGUUUGGCAGGAAAGUGCAGUUCGUGGACAGCCUGUGGGAGCUGUCGCAACAGAUUCCUCUUGAGCAAGUGCACAUCCCUGACUGCAUCCGACAGCUGGAUCACAGCUGGAACGGCUCCAGGGACACACAGCGAUGAUGCUGCACGGCAGCAGACCCCAGCGCCAGUAGGGGGCAGUCGCGCUGCGUAGUUCUGUAACUCCUGUUACUUCUUCCCACCAGUGUUCCUUUAAAGGAGAAACCGAAACGACCGUGUUUGGGAAAAGCGGCUUUGUAAAUAGGUCCAGCUUAAGUGGAUGCAUUGGUUUAAACACUGGGGGGCUUCUAAGGUUAGGCCGGUUUAAAUGGAGGACUUGGCUUACACAGGUUUUUAUGUGAGUGCUGUUACAGUUAGAAACGUGACUGUAGGAGCAUAUGCGAUACUGGGCUCAGUACGGGGCCCUCUGGCCUGUCAGACAGGCAGUCAGACCAGAUGAUCUAACAGUCCCUUUUGGUCUUGCAAUCCCUCAGAGCCCGAACCUCUACACUACACUUUUAUAGUUCCGCAGGCCGAGUCAGCUGACCCAGACCAGCCACAGGGUUUUUAUCACCGUGUAGACGUACCCCUGUGGAUCUAAAACCAGAGUGGCUGUUGGUCUCAGUCGGACUGAUCCCGGUUGGCUUUAUGGAUGGAAACAAGUUUUUUUCACCUGCACAGCUGCUGCAGCUCCAGGAGAGGGAGUAAUUUCACCUUAGCGCAGCGCUGGCCAAAGAAGCAGGAGUUCCUUUGAGCCCCCAAGAACUGAUCCAGCUCUGGAAGAAGGCGCUGGAUUCCGUUCUGCCUCCUGCAUCCUGGUGGAAUCGGCACUUCGGCUCCAGCUGCAGAAUUCUGUUCCCAAGAGGCAGAUAAAGCCCAGGUCCUGACAGCUGGAAAAGUGAUGCUCCAGUUUGUACGCUGACCAGCUCCAGGUUAGCCUGGAAGGGAGAGGGGAGAACGGGGACCCGCUGGGGAAAGUAGUGCGGCAGCGUUAGCUUUGUUAAUUCCUGGCACCUUUCAAGGGAAGUGUCUCCAUUUGCAAAUGGCACCAAAGCAGCCAAGGGUCAAAGACUUCACUCUGCAUUCUGCCCCAGCUCCCCCUAGGCAGUGACGGGACGCUGCAAGCUGGCGAGCGGGACACGGGUAAAUGUAUUUCACGGAGAGCGUUUUUCUCCCAAGCGUUUAUUGUCAGGCGUCUGAUGCAGGAAACUAACCAGCUCUCCCAACACCCAGGCCCAUAAUAACCUUGCAUUUAACUUUCCCAGACUACACUUCCUUGCCCUUUGUCUCUGUCCGCUGCCCAGGCAUGCAUCCUUAGUCCUCGUUUAGUGUAAGAUCUCUUGGGUGUAUGUCCUCAGCCCCGCAUAACAUUGCACGUGUGGGGGCGAGGAAGCUGCCAGAGUUAACCCUGUGUUACUCAGACAUUUUAAAGCAACAAAUGGCCUGCCACAUUACCGACAAACCCCCAGGCUGUUAAAGCUGUAGGAAGUUUUCAGAGCUGAGGGGGAGAUUUUCCAAGGCACAGCUGGCAAUUCACUUCCCAGGUGCCACUGACUUUCAAUGGGUGCCCAACAGCCCUAGGUGGCUUUGGCACGUCACUUUUCAUCUCUUACCUGUUCUCUUUUGUUUUGUUUCACUUCGGUUGAGGCAGAGAGUCUGUACCGAGCAGUUUCACUUUCUGGUUGAUGCUGCUGUGUUUGGGUUCCCAGUACUGCAAGGGGGGGCGUUGAAUUUUCACAAGCACCGAAGGGACUUAGAUGCAUUUUCAAGUGCCUUAUGGCCAGAGCCUCAAAGGUGCUUAGGUGCCUAACUCCCACGCAUGUCAGUGGGAGUUGGGCACCUAAAUAUGUCUGAGACGUUGGGCCUUAGGAGCCUAGAUCUCACUGAAAGGUGAUGGGACUUCGACGCCUGUUGCUUAGAUGCUUUAGAAAAUUUUACCCCAAGUCCCAUUUUCAAAAGUGACUUAGGCAAGAUUUUUAAAAGGGACUAGUGAUUUUGGGGGUCUGAUUUGAGGGGGCCUGACUUUCUAAGGGUGAGAGCUCGGUGCUUUAUGAAAAGCAGGAGCCUUUACGUAUCUCAAGCUGUCGUCCCCCCUCCCCCACAUGAGGCACCCAAAAUCGCCAGUCACAUUUCAAAAUCCCAGCCUAAGUCUCAGGUAAAGUCCAGGAGAUUUUGGCUCCUAAGUGCCUUAGUCUCUUUUGAAAAUGGGAUUUGAGAGACAGAUUUUUAAAGGUACUUAGGAGCCAAAAGGUGCACAGAGGUGCUGGGGAAGGCUCAAAAGUGCCUAAUUCCCAUUGGUCUGGAGUUGAGACACCUAGGUGCUUCUGAAACUCCCACGAGCAGGGCCGGCGCAACCCAUUAGGCGCACUACAAUGUGGGGGGCAGCGACCGCAGCGGUAUUUUGGCGGCGGGACCUUCCACCGCCUCUGUGGGGGGCGGUAUUUCGGGGCGGGACCUUCCGCCGCCUAGGGCGGCAGAAAAGCUGGCAGGGCUCCUGCCCACGAGGUUCCCUAUCUGCAUCUUUAGGCACCUAAAUACCUUUAAAAAUGUCCUGAGGCUCCUAAGUCACUUAGGGGGGCGUUUGAAAAUGUUACCCUUGAUCUAAACCCCAGCUGUGUUCUUUGAUGUAAAUAUAGCAGCUGCUUGAACGAUGCCUUAGACUGGAAGCUCUUUGGGGCAGGGACUAUUUGUUCUGUUUCGCAGCGCCAGCGCCAUGGGGUCCCAGGCUGCCAAGCAUAACCACUGUACACAUCAUAACACUGGCACCAAGGAUGACAUGAGGGGAGAAAAGAGGGGCUCAGGGGGACCCCCAAAAUGUCUGUAACUGAGGUGAAAUGGGAGGGGAUGGGGCCUCAGCAAAUAUGAUGGGCCGGGGCCCCAAAUUUCUCUUGAUAGGGCUGAUUGGAACCGCAUGGGGGGCUCGGAGCCCAGGCUCCAGUCCACGCUCACACAUCUACCCUGCAAUUUUUAACCCCCCAAACCCGAAUCAGCCAAUCUGGGCCAGCCGUAGCCGUGCUGUGGGUCUUUUAUUGCAGCGUAGACGUACCUAUUGUCUGGGGUAAGCUGGAGGGGGUUUCUGAGAUCAGCAGAUGGCACUCCCAUCCCCUGAGAGUCUGGGUACCAUCUCCCCCAUCCCAGAGCAUGGCAGACACAUGCCACAAAGCUGGGCAGCCCCCACGGCACUGCGGUAACUAUUUUGAAAAGGCUGUUGCACGGGCUGGUGCUUGCACUUUUUGCACGUUCACAAGUGGAUGCGUUUAGCACCGACGCUCCAGGCACUGUAUUUAUUGUACCAAGUUUGGAUGUUUACAAAAAUGAAAUAAAGUGACUGGACACA